UGCUUGGUAUUCAGACUGAGGUGCCUCUGUCUGUACUCACAGAUGUGGUAGAGGGAGAGAAGGGGUGAGAGGGAUGUGGUGGAUUAUCAAUCGGUAAUAAUCAACAGAAGAAUGACUUUGAAAAUACAACGUACAAUCUUCCUCCAGGUCCUUUUGUUGCUUUGGUCUGAACAAGUGCUGCAAGAUGUGGCUGCAGGCUUAGAUCCAACAUCUCAAAUGACUUCCUCAGCAGUCUCUGAUGCAAACCUGAUGUUUGAGUUUCUACUUGGUGGGAUUGAGAUCAACAAGGACAACAACAUCGUCCUACUUGAUGAGGAGAUGGCGUCAAUGAGGCAGGGGCGGACAUUCCUGUCUCAGAUCAACGAUAACAUCCCCAGAAACCUGGAGUCCAUGAAGCAGAUGUUGACCACAUUGAGAGAGCAGAGGAGGCCACUGACUCAUUCACAGUUUGAGGGUCUUGUCCUGAGCAUGGUGUACUCUGCCCACCAGGCCUGGCAGGAGGAAAGGGAAGAAGAUAAGGAGGUCUGGGGAGCGGUGCUCCUCCAGCUGGUUAAUACUACAGUCCAUGACUUACGUGGGAAUCAUCUCUUCACUUACGCCUAAUAGAUUGCUGAAUCUGUAUAAAAAGAAGGAGCAUGCAAUAAACCACAUCAAACGUC